AUGCUGACGGAGGAUCCGCAUCUGGCGUCGGCAGCUCGCGGGGGGCUGUUUCUCGUUCACAACAGGUUGCCCUUUCUCAGCUGCGUGAAUGGCGUGAAAAGAGACAGAAAGGCCAUUGGUUUGAGUGUCGGGUCAGGGGCUGCGCGGCAUCCUUGGGGAGAGUGUCAAAGGCCAGAAGAAGCAGCGGCAAAGCAGACAACCGCCGUCAGUGGCAUUCAGUGCGAGGGCAGAAGCCCUCACGGAGGCAGGCGGUGCUCGCUGCUCUCGCAAGCGACUGCGGCUCGUGGGCGGCCUCGCUCAACAGGCACUACGACGGGCUUCGCCCCACCGGUUUCUUCCUCUUCUUCAGGGGUCUCAUCAGUAUGUUCUGCCUCAACUGCCCCCCCUGUGUAUCUUCUGGCCUCUGUUGCAGGUACCGGGAGCUAUACCAGUGACUCACCGAUCCUGCGGCAGCUAGGUGAGGCAGGUGACCAUGGGGACCAGAAACCGCAGCUGGCCCAUGCAUCCUUUCAGUGUCUCCAGCACGCUGCAAGGGCGACUCCUGGCACACUGUCUCUCGUGCACACACCGCAAAUAGCACCAGAAACUGGGAGCCGCGACGGCGAGUUUCACGGUUGUGCGUCAGUGCACCAACCCGCUGCCUUUUCUCACAAACGAGUGCAGUCGGUGCACUGCGGUAGCCCCUUCCCCGACGCUGUUCUCACGCGUCAUCCAGAAAGGACGGCUGACAUCGUCCACUACUCGUCACAUCCCCGCCAGCUGCCGGGAGUCUCUGCUGGGGCGUCCGCUGUCUCGCUCGCAGCCGGCGCGUUUCGUGCUGAUCGCAUGGAGCACCAGCAACCGCCACAAACACCGUGGAUAGGAGCAAACCUACCUCUCUCUAAGCAACUUCGCUGUCAGACGCUACCGGUCGAUUGUCUCCAACCCGGCUGUGUGAGGGGUGCCGGAGAACAAGAGCAUCAUGUGCGAGAAGCAGGCGGUCAGUUGAGUGGUACGCAUGUAGGCUCUGGUCCAGCCGGCUUCUUGAAUACCACGACUGAGAAAGGGAAGAGUAGGCAAAGCCACUCUAGCGGGGAUCUGUGCAGCGCCACUCCGGCGACUUCAGCCCCAGCAGCAGUGUCUCUUUCAGCUACUUCGGUGGCGCCUGCGUUUCGGUCAGCCAGUGUCUCGCAUUUGCACAGUUUGUCUCCUAUCAGCUUCGGGAGUGAAGGCAUUCUACAGUGGAGAGCAAAGCGGCCCGCCGCCCGUGAACUGCCUGCGGAUGCCUUGCUGGAACUUAGCAGUGUUGGUAGCGAGUGCGGAGACACGGCCAAUGGCUUCCAUUAG